AACGUGAGCGACUGUUAACCAUGUUAGUUUGAUACUCUUUCGUUUUCAUAUCUUAAAACCAUGCAUCCGCUUUGAUCUUUUAUAUUCUUCUUCCCUCUUUUUAGUUUAUUUAAAAUGGAAGAAAGGCAACAUAUCAAUAUGUAUAAUUUAAAGUUUCUUUGUUCUAUUAUACUACUGUGUUAGGUGCGUGCUUUUAAGAUGUGAGAACGAACGAUGGUGUAUACGAUUUUAAACAUUAAUUGAAACAUUAUAUAAAUAGUAGUGGAAAUUAAUAUCAUGAAAACAAGUUUAAUAUCCUUUGAGAUCUUAUUUUGACGAAACUUAGCGAAAGGAAUUUCGAUUUAUAUAGUUGAUAUCACAUUAAGUGUAAUAUUUGAAAGAUGUCAAGCGCAGUGUCGAGCAAAAUUGUAGAAACCCGAAUAUACGAUGGUCAAAAGCCGGGUACGUCCGGAUUGCGAAAAGCAGUGCGGAUAUUUAUGCAAGAACAUUAUACAGAAAAUUUCAUUCAAGCAAUAUUGCAAGCUCUAGAAGAACAAUUGCCUGGUAGUACGCUGGUUGUUGGUGGCGAUGGAAGAUAUUAUGGAAAAGAUGUGGUUAGAAAGAUCAUCAGGAUUGCUGCAGCAAAUGGAGUAAAAAGAUUAAUAAUUGGGCAAAAUGGGAUACUUUCGACUCCAGCUGUGUCUACCAUAAUAAGAAAAUACAAAACUUUAGGAGGAAUUGUUCUAACAGCAUCUCACAAUCCUGGUGGACCCAAUGCUGACUUUGGCAUUAAGUUUAACUGCGAAAAUGGUGGUCCUGCUCCAGAUAAUGUCACAAAUAAGAUUUAUGAGAUUACUAAAGUGCUCAAGAAUUAUAAAAUUAUACCUGAUAUAACCAUAGAUAUAGACAAGAUACAAAGUACUACAAUUCAGGUGGAUGGAAAUCCAUUUACAAUAGACAUAAUAGAUUCUGUGAAUGAUUACUUAGAACAUAUGAAAAAUAUCUUUGACUUUUCUAGUAUUAAAACAUUAUUACAAGGAAGUAACAAUCGUCCUCCUUUUAAAGUUCUUAUCAAUUCAAUGAAUGGAGUUACUGGUCCAUAUGUAAAACGAAUAUUUAGUAAUGAAUUAGGUGUCGAUGAUUCAAGUACUGUUAAUGCAAUUCCAUUAGAAGAUUUUGGUGGGCUUCAUCCUGAUCCAAAUUUAACAUAUGCCAAAGAUUUAGUAAAUGCCAUGAAAAAUGGUCCAUAUGACUUUGGUGCUGCUUUUGAUGGGGAUGGAGACAGAAAUAUGAUACUAGGCAAAAAUGCUUUCUUUGUUACACCUUCUGAUUCAUUAGCUGUAUUAGCUGCUAACUUAAAUUCAAUACCAUAUUUUAAAAAGACUGGUAUUAAAGGAUAUGCUAGAUCUAUGCCAACAGGUGCUGCUAUAGAUAGAGUUGCAGCAAAAACUGGUGUUAAACUUUAUGAAGUACCCACAGGCUGGAAAUAUUUUGGUAAUUUAAUGGAUGCUGGUCAUCUAUCACUUUGUGGAGAGGAAAGUUUUGGCACGGGUUCGGAUCAUAUUCGUGAAAAAGAUGGAAUAUGGGCCUCUCUUGCAUGGCUUAGUGUAAUUGCAAGUCUUGGGAAGUCUGUAGAAGAUAUAUUAUUAAAUCACUGGCAGAUAUAUGGCAGGAACUUCUUUACAAGAUAUGACUAUGAAAAUUGUGAUUCUGAAGCAGCAAACAAAAUGAUGCAACACAUUGAAUCAGAAAUGGAGAAACCUGGGUUUGCGGGUUCAAAAUUAACAUCUGAAGGGAAAACAUAUGUUGUAAAAUUAGGUGACAAUUAUUCUUAUAUAGACCCUAUUGAUGGAAGCCAAGCUAAUAAGCAGGGAUUAAGAAUUUUAUUCCAAGAUGGUUCCCGUAUAAUUUACCGUUUAUCUGGUACGGGAAGUUCUGGAGCUACUAUUCGUGUGUAUGUUGAUAGCUAUGAAGAUGAUCCAGCAUCUUUAAACAAAGAUGCUCAAGACAUCCUUAAACCGUUGGUUACUAUUGCGUUAGAGAUAAGUAAAUUACGAGAAUUUACUGGUCGUGAUGUACCAACCGUGAUUACAUAAUACUAAUGAUUCUUGAUCGUUUAUCGUUAACAAAGAUAUAUAAAACAAAGAAAAAAGAGAUUGUUUUACAUUAUAAGCAACUUAAAUAAGAGAAAUGUCAUGCCUUGUAUAAUGACAUUAUGAAUUGCAAUUAUUACGCAAAAGAUCGUUGCAUAAAUACGUGAAUCACAAGUUCGAUAAAAUUUUUCCUAAAAUUGUAUAAUAUAUAGAUAGAAUUGAAAUAAUAUUCAGUAAUAUUUUUAUGAUUUCGAUAUGAAAUGAUAUUCGAAUAUUCAUCGUAGUAAUAGAACUUGUUUUAAUCAUAAAAUACUACAAAAAAUGUUUUAGUGACAUAAUUCAUAAUGCCACCCAUACAACUGUUAGAUAUUAAAUAGCUUAACAGAACACCCAAUAUUAUAAAAAUGAACGGCAGCGUAUUUCAUACUUUUUUAUAUAAAAUUUUUCAAAUUUUCAUUUGAUUAUAAAAAUCUUUGAUAUGGUUGUUAUAUUAAAAAAUAGUUUACUAAAACAAAAAUAUACUUAUGUGUUAAAAAUCUAAAAGAAUGUAAAGUCAGUAGUAAAUCUAAGAUCACGCGUAUCUUUAUACGUGGAACUGUUGUUUGCCAAAGGUGUUCAAGCAUGCAUAAAGAUGGAAAUAGUUUAACCCUUCGUUAUUUGUAUAAUGUUGCAUAAAUUCAUAAAAACUGUUCGCUUAAUGAUAAUUUGUAGGUUACAUUAAAUAUUAAUUUUACAACAGAAUUGUUUUAUAUUAUAAAAAAUAUUAAAUAUAUUUAGGAUUGAAUCUUUUUAUGUGUAAAGUAAUAAAGAAUCCGGGUAUAUGACAUUGUACAAUUUUUAUCGAAGGGUUAACAAAAAAAUAUAACUUCAAUUGUAAUUGAAAGUAGUAUGUUAUAUUAUUCAUUUUUAACUAUGUUUUAAUUUGUUUUAUGAUUGUUUUUUUAAUAGGAU